AUGCGGCUGACAGCGAUCGCCCGAGGGCGGCAACAUCUUCCCAUCCUCUUCGCAAGUGAGAUCACCAGAAGAUUGCAAGCGCAAUACUCACUCACUCACACUCGCACGCGCACGCAAACUUUUGCAAAUAGCGAUCGGCAGGAACUCGCUAUCCGCACCCGACCCCGACCCUCCAUGGAAUUCAAAAUCAGUGCACACCUACGCGAAGGAUGGAACUGCGGUGGGUCAAAUACAGAGUAA